AUGUCAACACCAAAAUGUCUCAAAAAACCACUACCACAACAAGCUGGGGCUGAAGAUUCUGCUAUGCCAAGUCCAGAGAGCCUCGGAAAGCCACAUUUUACACUUGCCAGUGUUGCAGCACUGUAUUCAGAUACCCUCACACCAGGUUUCAGCAAUGCAGAGCACCAUGCUGCAGCUCGUGCUUUGCUCAGGCAUGAAUCACAUCAAGAUGGCACCCACUAUCACACAGAGACCCCCGGUGGUCUUCACCCCUCAUUUAUCAAGUUCAACAAGAUCUUGAUGUUGCAGGAUCAGAAGAUGAUAAUGCAUGAGGAGUUUGUAGAAGCAGCACUUGAGGACGUUUUUGAUGUGCUUUGUAUGCAAGACCGUCUGGAUGGUGGAAUCUCACUCCUCAUUCACUGCCCUGGGUCUCAGGUGACAGACAGUCUGACGGCUGAACAUAUUGCUGUCAAUGUCUAUGUCACUCCCCAUGAACUUCACAAGUUCCCAGAACAGGUUGGAGGGGACAUCUCACUCUUUGUCCAAGGAUUCUGUGAGCAGAUGGCCAAACACCACCUUCAAUGCUUCACAGAGCGGUGUCACAUUGAGGACAUUCAACCUCCCCAUCACUAUCUGGCUCCUCAGGUGAAUCCAACUGGGUCUCAGGCCUUGCCAGCUCCUUUGGUCCUGACUGGCUCAUGCAUCCAAUGCUCUGCCUGGCCUCCACUCAAUUUAAAUCGCAACUUCAAGAUCCUCUCCACCAAACCAAAGGAUAGUUCUGACACUUUGAUUUGUCCACCAUCAAGCUUCAUUCAGCACACUACAGCGCUAGCAAGUGCAUCCCUUACUACUGGUAGCAACACCAAGCCUCGUCGACAUCAACUUGCUGAUGUGUUUUCACUCCUGAAAAAUGCUCAACCAAGCAACUCACCCACACCUGUCAUUGUGUAUGGUCCUCCAAUCAUUAGCAUUGGACCAAAUACCGAUGUGGUGCUUGAUUGCUUCAAAAUGGGGGAUGGCUUGAUUCCCAGGCUCUGUGAGCUGACAACAACUGUAUGCAACACCCAUCGGGAGGCUACUCUGAGGUCUCCAAAGUGGGGUCUCACAUUCAAGCAGGCAGUACAUCUGACUAAUGCACUUAACGCUGACCUGCAGAGGUCCAAAUUGGAGGUAAUCAUGCCAAAUUUGAUGUUAGCUAAGACUUCUCAGGUGCUCAGGAUCAUGGUCAUGAGCUCCCAGACUUUUUAUGCAUCGAGCACUCACUCAAAAUGCAUCCAGCCCUCACCUCAUCACCAUCCAAGGGUCCAUCUGAGCAAGGAAGCACGAACCUUGCUCACUGCCUCUUGUCAUGAAAAAUCCCACCACUUCAAGACUGCACUUGAUGAUGCAUGGUCCCAAAUUGAUGAGUGUGUGAAGACUAUCGCAUCUUCUAAUGGCAAGACUAUUCACCAUGUCCAGCAUGACUUAUACAUGGGUCAAAGGCUCUUGUGGUUGAAAUGUUCCAAAUUGAGUGUGUGGAACACAUUCUGCUGGAAGAAGAAUCAGACUGUGGACAAAGAAAACAGUUUGUCAGGGAAGGUGAUCUUAUGGGACCUGGUCCAGGAGAAUCAUAUGGAGUAUCAUGAACUCUCUGACGAUGCAAAAGCUAGCCUCUUGAAGGAGUAUGAGGAGCAUAAGGCCGUGAAGACUACCGGUACUCGCAUAUCCACCAAAUCAAAGGUCAAUGACGUUACACAGACCCUUAAAGCCAUCAAGAAUGAGUUGAAUAGCUUAAGGUGUUGGACUGGGGCAGAAACAAUACUAUAUAUGACAUGUGGCUCCACUGACCUGCCGCUCUGUGGAAUUGCCUUUGCAACUGAAGGUGUUCAAGAUUUCAUGGAGUCCAUCAUGAACCUUGAUAACCAAGACCUCAUUAGUAAGAUGGAAGGCUUUGCCAUGAGUGGGAUGCAUGAGGAGGCCACUGGUGACCCAGAUGUGAAGAUGCAGUGGGUUCACUAUUGGUGCAAUGUCAUCCAGCAAUAUCUUGUCAUUUGCAAAGGAUGGCCUGUUGACAUGCCUUUUGAAAACCUCAGCAAAGUGUCUAACUCAUUAACUGAUCUCGAGAUGCUUCUAUGUAAAUGGAAGUCUGGAGAUAUUUACUGGAGACAGAUGGAAAACGAGGAGUUUGAGGAACUUCAUCGUGAACAAAACAAGAAACUCAACAGUGGGCAAAAGUGCACUUGCACUCGUUCUCCUGACGACAAUGACGAGAACCCUCCACCAAGACGCCAUAAGGCGAAGAAGUGCACUCAUGCUGACGAGAAUGACAAGAACCUUUCUCCAAGACACCACAAGAAGACAUACAAGAGUCUUCUGUCUGUUGACACUGAUGCUGACACCAACAACAACAAUAACAAUGUCAACACUGACAUCAACACUCAGCUCGAACCUUCAGCAUCUCUUACUACCAAUGACAAUGAACUGACCUCGUUGAGUGGGACAGGUUGA